AUGGCCACCGCCGGUUCGGAGUGUCUCGAAAACCAAAACUCCACGGACUGUCUGCUCCGGGCUCUUCUGAACGUUCUUGCGGAGCAAAAACAAGCACAAGAUGCAGGCAUCGAUUGGGAUCCCAUCACCUUCGGCUUUACGCUUUUGAUUGGAUUGGUAGCCUCCAUGAUUGCUCUUGCUACAGUCUUCCAAGCUGUUCUUGCGGGUGGGAAAGGUGGUCGCAGAGCAAAUGCUCGAGCUAUCGGGAGAUGGUCGAAGCGGACGACAAGGAAAUGGAUAUUUUCCGAAAUGAGCUGGAGCUACACCGCUUUCACUCCUAUUCUCAGGUUGAAGGAGCUGGAGCAAGGGAUUCAGGAAAUAACUCGUCUCCGAGAGAAAGAACGAGAGAAUCCACCGGAGUCGGGACCAAGCUUGAGCCUAUAUAGCAAGAUUGUCAUGUGGGUGACAUCCAGCAAGCUUGCCCCCCUGUGGGUAAAGAAGAAACUGAAGGAUGUCGGAAACCUCGCCUCUGACGUGGCGCCAUAUCCAGCUACAUGGCUUGGCCUUUUCAAAACCACUGGACUGGAAGAUUUCGACAACGAGUUCGACCUUACUCCGGUUACUGCCGACUACCUUCCUGACGACUUCAUCGCCGUCCCUGCUUCUGCUGAGGUUGGCGCAAUCGUAGUCAUCACAGCAGCUGCUGGAGUCCAGCGAUUAGAUGUCGACACAGAUUUAUACCCAGUUAUUAUUGGCUGCAACUUCCAAUUCGAUUUUCGUCAGCACCCAGUUCUUGGUGUAAUUGGGGCAUUUUCUGAGCAUCGUCGGCGCGGAGGCAAUUCUUUCAUGUCGACACCUACUUUAGAGAAGCUCAGAGAGGCAGGGAAGCAUUCGAACGGCACUAUUGAACUACGGAACAUUUAUGACGUUCCAGAGUUCAAUAUGCUUCAGGGCAAGGGUGGCCAGAAAAAGCCGGAACAGCAGCAGCCGCCACCGACUGCGCAGGGCAUUCACUACAAGAUGCUGCAAGCGCUUGGCAGCCUCAUUGACAACUUCCAUCUCGGCAAAGAUACCCUGGAAGCCGCGCUGAAGAUACGACUUGAUUCUACGGGCAAUCUAAUACACCUGCGAUCUCAUCUACGUGACGAUUUAUUCUCUGAUCCAUCGACACAAGUGGAGCUGCAAUUGACUUCCGAAGACAAAGAAAAACUGAGACAUUUCCAGAGACAAUUGAAGGACACUACGUUCCAGAUUGAACGCUUGAUAGGAUCCGAAUACGAUAUGCCCUCCACGUUCUUCAACACAUAUCAAGUGCUAAGCAGAUUAGCCACAGUACUAGGUCGUCAACCGAAACCAGAGGACCAAAACGAAUGGACUACGAGGCCGAAUGAGAAAAUUGAUGAUGUGAUCAUCUAUCGCUCUCUCCUCAUCGGAGUGUUGUUCAAUACAGCCCUCGACAAUUCCGAGUUACUCGAAUCAGGACUGUGGGAUCGCGUCGUUCCCGUCAUCUGA